AUGACGUUCUGUAUGGUUGCGUAUGUCCGCAUACCAAGCCUAACUUGCGAACAUGCAAAUUAUUUAGAAUUCACAUGUCAUCUUCGCAAGAAAAAACAAUGUAAGAGACGCUGCGACAGCGUAAUGUCCUUCUACAAACAGCACGGUUUUAGAUGGAACGAUGUGUACAGCGAUUGUCUGGAUAAAUGU